GUUCUCACACAUCGAUUUCAGCGAUACCCCAGUUCACACAACACACGGACUGAGGAGCAAGGGAAAAAAACCUGCUUUUACAUUUCUGUUAAAAAAGUAAAACCGGAAUAACGGAUACAAAGCCUCCGCUUUACGUCUUACUCCGUUCUCAUCUCCUCCAAUAUCUAAGAAAACAACUCACGUAGACGCCCUCACAAAAAGCAACCGACGCGCAUCCUCUUCUGAUCCGAUCUUCUGUUUCUCCAUGAGCUCCGGUAAUUCCUCCUCCGCUAGCGAUUCUUCGGUGCCGCCCGCUGAGCGUGGACCCCCGCCACCACCUUCGGACAAGCAAAAGGAGAAGGCCAGAGUCAGCAGGACUUCAAUGAUACUGUGGCAUGCUCACCAAAACGACGCUGCCGCUGUCCGUAAGCUUCUUGUGGAAGAUCCAUCACUCGUCCACGCUAGGGAUUACGAUAAUCGAACUCCUCUCCACGUUGCCUCGCUACAUGGAUGGAUCGACGUUGCCAAGUGUUUGAUUGAGUUUGGUGCUGAUGUCAACGCCCAGGAUCGAUGGAAGAAUACGCCUUUAGCUGAUGCAGAAGGAGCUAAAAAGCACGGCAUGGUUGAGCUUUUGAAGUCACAUGGUGGUUUGUCCUAUGGCCAAAGUGGAAGCCAUUUUGAACCAAAACCUGUUCCACCGCCCCAACCAAACAAGUGUGACUGGGAAGUUGACCCAACAGAGCUUGAUUUUUCAAAUUCAGCAAUCAUUGGGAAGGGAUCUUUUGGGGAGAUAUUGAAAGCCCAUUGGCGUGGAACACCUGUAGCUGUCAAACGCAUUCUUCCAUCCCUUUCAGAUGAUAGAUUGGUGAUUCAGGACUUCAGGCAUGAGGUUAAUUUGCUAGUGAAGCUUCGCCAUCCAAAUAUAGUUCAAUUUCUAGGAGCUGUAACUGAUAAGAAGCCUCUUAUGUUGAUUACUGAGUAUUUACGAGGGGGUGAUCUUCAUCAGUACCUCAAGGAAAAGGGUGCACUAAGUCCUUCAACUGCCAUAAACUUUGCAUUGGAUAUUGCCAGAGGCAUGACUUAUCUUCACAAUGAACCAAAUGUCAUUAUCCACAGAGACCUAAAACCAAGGAAUGUUCUUUUAGUCAACACCAAUGCUGACCAUUUGAAAGUUGGAGAUUUUGGACUAAGCAAGAUCAUCAAGGUUCAGAAUUCUCAUGAUGUUUACAAAAUGACUGGCGAGACGGGAAGCUAUCGGUAUAUGGCUCCUGAAGUUUUCAAGCACCGGAAAUAUGAUAAGAAGGUUGACGUUUUCUCUUUUGCGAUGAUAUUAUAUGAGAUGCUGGAAGGUGAACCCCCACUAGCAAAUUAUGAGCCUUAUGAAGCAGCCAAGUUUGUGGCAGAGGGGCAUAGGCCUAUAUUUCGUGCCAAAGGAUUUACCCCUGAAUUAAGAGAAUUAACAGAUCAGUGUUGGGCCGCUGAUAUGAACAGAAGACCGACCUUUUUGGAUAUUCUCAAGAGGCUUGAAAAGAUAAAGGAAACUUUACCUGCAGAUCAUCACUGGAGCAUAUUCAAUGCAUAAUACUGAGAGCAGUGGCACGUUCAAAUUUAUGGAUCUAUGUGCUGCCCGGGCCUGUCAUUUAUUGUACCCACUGUUGUGCAGAUGGUGUUGUGAUUUCAUUUGACUGAGAUUGCGAGUUACUGCUGUCGCAGGUUUGCGACUAAAUGCAUCAGACUUUAUCAAGAGUCAGACUUGGUAUUCACUAGUCUCUUUGUAUUGAUCACGUGCCACCAUCAGGUAAUAUCAUUCAGUUAGAACAAAUAAACAUUUUCAUUAUCUAGGUUUUUCCCAUUGUUUUUCCAACUGUAAUUGCUUCUGGUUUCUCAUAUAUGAGUAGGCAACAUUACAUGUCCAAACUUUUGAAGCUUCCAGGUGAAUUUCUGUAUAUGCUAGUUCUUGAACCAAAGAUUUUUUUUUCUUUUUA